AUGGCAUCGUUCAUCAAGAGAUUCCUCCUCGUGCUUGGAGCCAUCACUGUAGUGCGCUCUCACAUGUCCAUUUGGCAUCCGUCAAUGUAUGCGUUCAACGGUACGACGGACUGUGUGGGAGAAGACUGCAAACACGACCAAGUUAACCCAAUCACGCCCAACUCAGAAUUCAAGGACUGGUGGAUGCGCGGCGAGACGACGAUCAAUGCGCCUCCGAACACGGUCCUCAAUAUGCGCGCGGGUGGCAAGGUCACAUUCGAGAUUGCCUGCGACAAGGAAUGGACCAGCUACGGACAUCAUUACUAUACUAGCAGACCCGGCCUCGCCAACCAGGACGCUUGCCCAACCGACGCCGGUGCUUACCAUGCAGAUCCCGCAGCCAAGAUCGUCAACACCACGCUCAUCAAGGGAUGCGCCCUCGGCAUCGCUGACACCAACGACAUUCGCAAAGUUGGAAUGAACGAUAUUACCAUCUUUACCGUUCAGAAAAACUGCGUCUGGAACAAGACGACUGACUUCUACAUACCCCCAAAGAUGCCAAAGUGCUCAAAGGGCAAGUGCAUCUGCACAUGGUUUUGGCUGGCAGAGACUGGGACGCCCAACUUUUACAUGACUCCUUUCGACUGCAAUGUCGUCGGUUCGCCCAGAGAUGCUCGUCCGCUCGCAAAACCCAAGCCACCUGUUUAUUGUGGGGAUAGGAAAACGCCAUGCACUCGAGGCGCAAAGCAACCUCUUUACAUCUUCAACAAACCGACCAAUUACAACGGUCCUCUUCCCAACGAAAACCGCGUCUCAUACCAACCUGCUUGGGGCUUCAACGAUGGACCUCAGAACGACAUUUUCAAAUAG